GGCAGCGGCACGGGCAGCGGAAGCGAGAGGCGGCUCGUGGGGCAGCGGCAUCCGAGCCGGAGCAGAGAUCGCUGCCCUCCGGCGGCCCCUGAGCUCGGCACAGAGCAGCUGGAAGUGAGACAGGGCAGCGGCAGGAGAGACGGCUGCGCCGAGCGUUAUACGCAAUGGCGAUCCGACAGAGCCCGAGACAAGGGCCGCAGCGAGCAGACGGAGGAGUGCUGCUACUGACCGCUGUGCUGCUAGGCUUGUGCUGUCGGGCGGAGCCGGAGCCCAUCCGCUACGCCAUCCCCGAGGAACUGAGCAGAGGCUCGCCGGUGGGGCCGCUGGCGCGGGACCUGGGGCUGAGCCCGGCCGAGCUGCCGGCACGCAAGCUGCUGCUCAGUGCCGAGAAGCAAUACUUCAUGCUGAGCGAGGAGAGCGGAGAGCUGUACGUGAACGAGAGGCUGGACCGAGAGGAGAUGUGUGGCGAGUCACCGACCUGUUCCAUCAGCUUCGAGGCACUGGUUCACAACCCACUCAACGUUUUCCACGUCGAAGUGACCAUCCAGGAUAUCAACGACAAUGCACCGCGCUUCCUCCAAGACCAUUUCCAUCUGGAAAUCAACGAGUUGACAUCUCCAGGCGCACGCUUUGCCGUGGGAGCAGCCGAAGAUGCAGAUGUAGGCAUCAACUCCCUGCAGGGAUACAAGCUGGAGUCCAGCAGUUACUUUGAGGUGGAGGUGAAGGAGGGCAAGGACGGCAGUAAGUUCGCGGAACUGGUGCUCCGUCGAGCGCUGGAUCGCGAGAAAGAGCAGAGCCUGCAUCUGGUGCUGACGGCUCUGGACGGCGGAGACCCUCCUCGCAGUGGCACCGCCCAGCUCUUCAUCAACAUCACUGACGUCAACGACAAUCCCCCCGUGUUCGCACAUGACCGGUACCGAGUGAGCCUGCGCGAGGACGCCCCUCUGGGCUCGAUGGUGCUGAACGUCUCGGCCACUGACGCAGACUAUGGAACCAACGCUCGUAUCACCUACGGCUUCGGGAAAAUGUCUCCCAAGGUGCUUCAGAAGUUUGUGGUGGAUGCGGAGAGCGGCAUCAUCAGAUUACAGGAAGCUCUGGACUUUGAGGACAUGAGGAGUUACACACUGCUAGUGAAGGCUAGGGACGGGGGUGGUCAGGUGGCACACUGCGAAGUGGAGGUGGAGGUGCUGGACGUGAAUGACAACGCGCCAGAAGUGACACUGAGGUCAGUAUCGAGCCCGGUGCCCGAGGACGCUCCGAUCGGCACGGUGGUAGCGCUGGUGAAAGUGCGGGACCGUGACUCCGGGGAGAACGGUCAGGUGCAGUGUGAGCUAUCAGGAGAUUCGCCUCUGUCGCUCGUGGCAUCGUCGGGAGGCUCGUACAAGGUGGUGACGGCGAGCACGCUGGACCGGGAGCAGGCAGCCGAGCACCGCGUGACGCUGGUGGCCAGGGACCGGGGCAGCCCGGCGCUGUCGAGCAGCGCUGAGCUGGUGCUGGAGGUGUCGGACGUGAACGACAACGCACCGGUGUUCGAGGAGGAGGUCUACAACGCCUACGUGGAAGAGAACAACGCGGCAGGAGCGCAGGUGCUGAACGUGCUGGCUCGGGACGCGGACGCGGGCGCCAACGGGCGCGUCAGCUACUGGCUGGAGGGAGGCAGCGCAGGCGAGGCGCCACCGCCGGUGUCCGUGGAGGCGCGGAGCGGCGCCGUGUACGCACAGCGCUCCUUCGACUACGAGCAGUGCCGCGAGUUCGCCGUGGCGGUAAGGGCUCAGGACGGCGGGGUGCCGGCGCGCAGCUCCACGGCCACGGUGCGCAUCUUCGUGCUGGACCGCAACGACAACGCGCCGCGGGUGCUCUGGCCGACGACAGCAGCGGCGGCAGGAGGCGAAACGCCGCCGUUCGAGGUGGUGCCGCGCUCGGCAGAGGCCGGCUACCUGGUGGCCAAGGUGGUGGCGGUGGACGCGGACGCGGGGCGCAACGCGUGGCUGUCGUACGAGCUGGUGCAGGCGGCGGAGCCGGCGCUCUUCCGCCUGGGGCUGCACAGCGGCGAGGUGCGCACGGCGCGGGCCGUGUCGGAGCGCGACGCGGGCAAGCAGCGGCUGGUGGCGCUGGUGAAGGACCACGGGCAGCCGGCGCUGUCGGCCACGGCCACGCUGCACGUGGUGCUGGCCGAGAGCUUGCAGGAGGCGCUGCCGGAGCUGAGCGAGCGCCCGGCGGGCGUGGAGUCGCCGGCGGAGCUGCAGUUCUACCUGGUGCUGGCGCUGGCGCUGCUCUCGGCGCUCUUCCUGCUCAGCCUGCUGCUGGCCCUGCUGGCGCGGCUGCGGAGGGCCGGGCCGCCGCCCGUGCUGCGCUGCCUGGGCGCGCAGCGCUUCUCUCUGGCCAGUGCCGCCUUCCCGGCCGACUUCUGCGAGGGCACCUUGCCCUACUCCUACAACCUGUGCGUGGCUCCGGGACGCGCCCUGACCGAGGCUGCUUGUCUGCCUCCGCCGCUUCCCAGCCUUCCCGCGGAGGCAACGCUCGGCGGGGAGUCCUGCACGAAGCCGAGCCAGAACAACAUCGCCGUCGCGGAAGACCCACCCACCGCCUCCGACACACUGCAGGGUGAGGCAAUUGUAAUUCGAGAUCGGUAUCUACACAAAGCUGUAAAGUUCGCGGCAGAGACUGUGCUUUCGGACUACUCAGAUAAGGCUAGCAAGAUUGUAAACAUCAUAUUCCGAUAG